CCCCCUAGAUUCUUCUUCUUAUUCGUCUCCUUGUCCAUUCUUCCUUCUUCUCUCAUACACACACUUGCCGGACGACUCCUUGAAGGAAUCUCUGUUUCCAAUGGACCAGCAUUAGCUUGUUUAUCUGUUCCGGUGACGCAUUGUUUCUCGAUCUUGUUAAAUUUGGGUGCGAAUGCAACGGUGUCAUAGAAAGUUUGACAUACGUGUGUGUAUUGCUACUUCAGAUCAUGGAUUUGUGUCCCGACAGGGAGAAGAUUCGAUGCCUUGUUAUCUAAUUAAAGGCCAUAUUUGAGCAUGUUAUAUUUGCUUCUGGUGAACAGAUAUUCUGAUCUGAAGCAAUGACGAAGAUAAGCCCUGAAUUUGAAGUGAAGAUGGAGGAAGAAGACGUUCUUGAGGUUUCAGCUGAUGUGAGCUUUUCUUCUAAUCGGUUUCCAAAGUAUAAGUUAGGAGCUGACAAUCAAAUUUUGGAAGAGCCAAAGGAGGACAACCAAGGCCCAUCCUUGAAGGAGGUUGUUGAACAGGAAUCUGCCAAUCUUUCAGAGCAGCACAAGCGUCUCUCAGUUCGAGAUCUUGCUAGUAAAUUUGACAAGAACUUGACUGCUGCUGCUAAGUUGUCUGAUGAGGCAAAGCUUAGAGAAGUGGCUUCUUUGGAGGGACAUGUUCUUUUGAAGAAACUUAGAGAUGCAUUGGAAUUUCUGAAAGGCCGUUUGGCAGGAAGAAACAAGGAGGAUGUGGAGAAAGCUAUCUCUAUGGUGGAAGCUUUAGCUGUUAAGUUGACUCAGAAAGAAGGAGAAUUGAUUCAAGAGAAGUUUGAAGUGAAAAAGCUAGCGAACUUCCUCAAGCAGGCUUCUGAAGAUGCUAAAAAGUUGGUUAGCCAAGAGAAGUCUUUUGCUUGUGCUGAAAUUGAGAGCGCAAGGGCUGUAGUGUUGAGAAUUGGAGAGGCGCUUGAAGAACAAGAAAACGAUUCCCAUGCUUCAAAAAAGCAGGAUGUGGAGGAGCUGGUAGAGGAGGUUCAGGAGGCUAGAAGAAUCAAAUUGUUGCAUCAGCCAAGCAAGGUGAUGGAUAUGGAGCAUGAGCUUCGUGCGCUAAGGAAUCAAAUUCGGGAGAAAUCUAUGUUUUCGAUUAAGCUUCAGAAAGAGCUUGCAAUGAGCAAGAGAGAUGAGGAGAACAAAUACCGUAUAUAUGCCUUGGAAGGUUCUGAAAAUCUAGGUUCCUAUCUACGAAUCCAGCCUUGCUCAGACAAGGCUCCACUGCUUUCAAAAAGCUUGAUCCAGUGGUACCGCUUGUCAUCUGAAGGCAGCUGGAAGGAAAUUAUUUCAGGGGCCAACAAAUCAAUUUAUGCUCCAGAGCCCUUUGAUGUUGGGCGAACCUUACAAGCUGAAAUUGUUUCAAACGGUCAAAAACUUACAGUCACAACUACUGGUCCCAUUGAUCCAGCUGCAGGGCUCGGAAGCUAUGUAGAGACGCUUUUAAGAAAGUCUAACACCGAAUUCAAUGUAGUUAUUUCCCAGAUGAAUGGACAAGAUCAUGCGUCACACUCAGUUCAUGUAUUUCAUGUGGGAAAGAUGAGGAUAAAGCUCUGUAGAGGAUGGAUCACAAAGGCUAGAGAAAAUUAUUCAUCGUCAAUGCAGCUUUGUGGAGUUAGAGGCGAUGGUAAUAAUGCAGCCAAGGCAUUGUUUUGGCAAGCAAGGAAGGGCCUUUCGUUUGUUUUAACAUUUGAAUCGGAGCGAGACAGGAAUGCAGCAAUUAUGCUCGCCAGGAAAUAUGCUCUUGACUGCAAUGUUAUGCUUGCUGGACCAGAUGAUCAAGUAUAGAAGUUAACCUACUGACUGAAUCUUCACAAAAUGUAAGUAAAACCAGGUUUUCAUAGUGUGAGUAAUGUGUGUGCGUUUGUGUUGUCCAAAAAAGAUUGGUGCUUGUUAUAGUAAUCGGGGUUCCACUAAUAGGGUUGAAUCAUUUUAGGCAUGGUUUUUGUUUGCCUAAUCAUUUGUUGUAACAAAGUUACCACUUCUAUAUUAAUGGGUUCAUUUGUGCUGUU